AUGAUGGAAGCACGCAGUUUUCGGAUAUUUUGUGGAGUUGUAACUAUUCUCGGGACUUUAAUGGUUCAGGUUCAGUGUAAUCAGGAGUCACAUCUGAUCAAACACUUGUUCAAAAACUACAACAAGAAUAUCCGCCCUGUGGUCAAUCCUGAAGAUAAGGUGGAGGUUAUGAUCAAGCUGACCCUCACUAACCUGAUCUCUCUGAAUGAAAAGGAGGAGACUCUCACGACCAAUGUGUGGGUUGAGAUUCAAUGGAGUGAUUUUCGUCUCUCCUGGAACACAUCUGAACAUUAUGGCAUUGAUAUGCUUCGUAUCCCAUACAACUAUGUUUGGCUUCCUGACAUCGUUCUUGAGAACAACAUUGAUGGCAAAUUUGAUGUUGCCUACUAUGCCAAUGUUUUGAUCGAUAAUAACGGUUGGAUGUAUUGGCUGCCUCCUGCCAUCUACCGCAGCACUUGUUCCAUUGAGAUUACCUACUUUCCGUUUGAUUUCCAGAACUGCACACUAGCAUUCAGAUCCCAGACGUACAGUGCCAAUGAAUUGAACCUGAUCUUAGCUGUUGGUGACACAGGCGAAAAAAUUGAGUGGGUGGAAAUCGACCCUGAGGCUUUCACAGAAAAUGGCGAGUGGGCCAUCGUCCCGCCAGCCCGGAAGAAAAUCAACUUGCGGUAUUCCCCAGAUGACCUGGAGUAUCAGGAGAUCUUGUUCAAUAUAAUCAUUCAAAGGAAGCCCCUUUUCUAUGUCAUCAAUAUCAUCCUGCCAUGCUCCCUCAUCUCCUCACUGGUCGUGUUGGCCUACUUCCUACCGGCACAGGCUGGGGGACAAAAGUUGACUGUGUCCAUCUCUGUCUUGCUGGCUCAGACUGUCUUCCUAUUUCUUAUUGCUCAGAAGAUCCCAGAGACAUCCAAGUCUACUCCUCUCAUUGGCAAGUAUCUUAUCUUUGUCAUGUCUGUCACUACUCUCAUUGCCACAAAUCAAAUUGUGGUGCUGAACUUUUCACUGCGAAGCCCAAGCACUCAUACAAUGUCCUACACCAUCAAGCAUGUUUUCCUGGAGAUGGUACCUCGCUUUCUUGGCAUGUCCCCUCUGGUGGAUGACAGUGAAGUAACAACAGAGAUGAAUGGGGUGAGGGAGCGGCGGCGUAGCUCCUUUGGCCUCAUGCAGAGAGCAGAGGAAUAUGUUCUGAAACAACCUCGCAGUGAAAUGAUGUUUGACAAACAAAAAGAGAGACAUAGUCUCAAGGGAUCAAAUGUGGAUAACAUAGAUGUCAGCAGCACUGCCAACCUCUAUAAGAGUUUGGCGCAAAAUGCACCUGAGAUCAAGCAGUGUGUGGAUGCCUGCAACUUUAUUGCUGACAGCACAAGACAACAAAAUGACAUUGGAUCUGAAAUUGAAAGCUGGGUACUGAUUGGGAAGAUGAUCGACAAGGUGUGUUUCUGGGCUGCCAUGCUCCUCUUCAUCUUUGGCACGGUGUGGAUCUUCUUAACAGGACACUUCAACGUGGCGCCUGAUUUUCCAUUUCCUGGAGACAACAGAAAAUACGUCCCAAGUUAAAAAA